AUGAGCAACUCCAAUUUCCGGGUAAUUAUUGUUGGAGCAGGCCCUGUUGGCCUCUACGUGGCCAACGCCCUGCAGCAAGCAAACAUCGAGUUUGUUGUCCUCGAACAGGAGAAGACAGUCUUGAAGCCCGCCGGCCAACUGCUAUUUGUUUGGCCGCAGACUGUUCGUCUUUUCGACCAAAUCGGCUUGUUGGCUCCAAUGCAAGAAGCAGCCUUCCAGCUAUACCAGAAGAAACGAACUUCGGGUAUCGAUGGUCGCGUGACGACGACCAGCAACUUUUGGGGUUUCAUGCGAGAGAACCAUGGGUAUCCUUUUCUCCUGAUAUUGCGUAGUGAUCUGGUUCGGAUUCUCUACGCCAAUUUGAAGAGGAGAGACACCCAUGUCAGAACGGACACUCAAGUCAUAGACAUUGUCCCCCAUGCCCAUGGUAUCCACGUCAAGGCUAAGGAUGGGGCCGUCGUCGAGGGUUCGAUCGUCAUUGGCUCAGAUGGCGUGCAUAGUGAAACGAGGAGCUUGAUGCAGAGACUGGCUAUCCAGUCUACGGGGGUUGACGAGGGCAACCCCAUGCAAUCUUCGUUCUACGGGCUAUUUGGUCGCGCGUCAAUUGACCAAGUCAAGAUUGAGCCAGGGGUUUUGUUCGAAUCGAGGGGAGCUGGAACAGUCAUACAAUGCUCGGGGACGAGGCGCACGCUUCACUUCGUGACUCUGACGCCGCUCCCCAGCCGAGUCACCGAGCGAAUCAGAUACAAUACGGAAGGAAUGGAAACAUACGCAACGUCAAUAGCUGAUGUUGCAGUGUGCCCGGGUGUCACCUUUCGGGAAAUCUGGAAACACGCGGACAAGAGUACGACGGUGUUGGUGAACCAAGAGGAAGGCUUUUUGAGUCAUUGGCAUCACGAUCGCAUCGUUUUGGUGGGUGAUGCUGUCCACAAGGUCACAAGUGUGAAUGGCCUGGGUAUGACGUGCGGGCUACAUUCGGCAGCCGCACUUGCGAACGAACUGCAAAGCCUGAGUGCCGCGAUGCCUCAUGAUCCUACGGCCAUGCUCUUCAAUCAAGCCUUCGCGAAGUACCAACGGAUUCGUGAGAGCGAGUGUAGGGCUAUAUGGGCUGCUGGUCGCAGUAUGGUACGCGAGGUGACAAGAAGGUCACGGGUAAACUGGUUGUGGGACACCUACUUCCUUCCCUGGCUUGACAUGGAGAGCUUUGCCAAGGGUAUUUUGGUUUCUCUUCUGUUGAUCAGAUAUGGCCACAUUCUUACCUACAUCCCAUUCGAUGAGCAAGGGGGCAGGAUUACAUGGGUACGGAGGUGUAAGCGUUAG